GUUGAUUCGAUUCGCAAAGUGCUCCUUUCAGAUAGUGCUGUGUCAUAAUCUCGCGCAAAGUUCAGUGCAACUGUGUUGAAGUGGAGUGAUCCGACGUUGUAUUGUGGAGUAUUUUAAAAUUUUACUUGAAUUUGUGGAGUUUUAAUACCAUCUUCUUACUGGAUUAGAAAUACUUAAUCAUCAGUGGAAUUAUUAGCCACCGAAUCUAUGUUGCUGCACUAGGAAAGGAAAUUCCUUGUUAUAUUCGCGUAGUUCUGUGGAUACCAUCGCUCCCAUUAUCAUCAUUAACCUGCCCUACAUUAAUCGUACAUCAACAACUGAUAUCAAGGCGACUGAAUGCUAGUCAGAUUACCAACAAGAAGAGAGUAUUGCAUUGAAUCGAGUUGGGACUUGUGUGGAAGCACUGGAGAACCUUAAUUCCGACUCAAUGUUCAAAUUAGCAAUCGAACAAAUGAAUCAAGCAGAUGAGAGUUGACAAUUCCUCAUGAACAAUCAUCUGGACCCGACGACAAUUCUGCAUUCAGAUAAUCUCAAAACUAAUCUUCAUCAUUGCCACACUAAAUCGACCACUGCACCACGAAUCCACGGCUGUUGCUGCCGCUACUCCCUCAGGCAGCAUCACUCAAAUCACCUGCAAUCAUUCCGUUCCUUCAUCAUCAAGACGACUUCUGCAAAACACUGGCCUACAUGAUUGGGUCCGACGAAAUGUCCUCAACAAGUAUGGACAUUAGUGAAACCUUUCGACCGGAAGACCUCUCCAAAACGGACUUCUUUGACUUUGUGACCGCACCGGACAUGGGUAUUGGCAUAGGUGUGGUGGGGGAUCGUCCGCCCGGGUCAAAUGAAACGAACGGUACCAGCGAUCAACCUCUCCAAGGCUAUGAUCAGUUCUGGGGCACCGAUAAGGAUCACAAUCGUUUAGAAACUGCCAUUUUUGAAGAUCUCGACCGGUAUUGUUGGCAACAAUCACAAACUCCAACACAACAACAGCAGCCAUCUUCGACGAAUUCAUCGAGUGCCGGUAGUUCUAUUAGUCAACCUUCAUCAAUUGUAGGCGGUAUUGGUAAUACUGACGGACAAAUUUAUACAUUAACAGUAUUAAAUGGCAAUGAGCCAUGGCUUAAACGUGAUCCUGAUGCACAACUUGCACCGACCUUAGACUUGGACAGUUUACUAGGGAGCUUUCCCGGCUAUGUUAAAUCUGAAUUUGUCUAUGAGGAUAGUGGUUUUAGCACAGAUAAUACUAAAGAGGAUAUUAGUCAUCAACAGCAACAUCCACAACAACAGCCACAAUCCGCACAAAACGUUGUUACCACAAACAGUACAAAUUUGGUACAAUAUCAGAAUAACAAUAAUGACUGGCAUAUAGCGGAUAAUAAUGCAACGGAACAGAACUCGGCUGAAUCACUACUUCGAAGUGCACUUCAAGGAAAAGGUUACCCAAAAGGACUUCACCUUCAAAACGGUAUUGCCAUCAUCCCCUCUCCAAGCUCAAUUAAAGACGAAGAGUUGAGGCGGGCGCUGUUUUCACCUGAUCAGGAUUCUCUCCAUUUUGCGGAUUCAACCCUUUCGGCCCCAAUAUUCGAUGAUACUCAAGGCAUAGUCAGCUCGCCAACUGGUAGCCAUCCUCAACCACCUACACCACAAACUCCCCAUACGCCAACUAGCAGUAACUGUACGAAUAGCAGCAACCCUUCACAAAGUACAACAGCCGGCAUUGUUGUCGAUGAUAUGUUCCUAUCCCUCGAGACAGCUUUCAGUGAUGAUUUCGAGAAAAUUAAACGCAUUGCAAACGAAGUACAACAAUUCUGUUCAACCAGUGACUAUCCAGAAGUCAUAAUGGAAAUUACAACCGCACUGCCAUCAGCACAAUCUGCGUUACAAUCACUUCAUCAGUCAGCUGGAUCACAAACGCAACACCAACAACCAACAGCACCGCCCCCACCUCAGCCAAUGCAGCCUGAGGUUACAACAAGUACCACCCCGACAUCUACUUCGACACUAACCAAAUCCACUGCCAAGAACAACAGCAACCACAACAGCCCAACCCAAUGCAAUGGUCAACGUAAGGAACGCUCGCUCCACUACUGCUCGAUAUGCUCCAAAGGAUUCAAGGACAAAUACUCUGUAAAUGUUCACAUACGGACCCACACUGGUGAGAAACCCUUUGCCUGUUCCCUUUGCGGAAAAAGUUUCCGGCAAAAGGCCCAUUUGGCCAAACACUAUCAGACGCAUUUAGCGCAGAAAAGCAACGGGAACGUAGUUAAGGGAGGAAAGCAAUCUCAAUCAUCAGCACAACGCCAUUCUCAGCAAUCAUCAACUACAGUACAAGGCAUACAACGGCCUAUCAGCUCGAGUAAUACCAGUGGUAGCUUACCCCCAGCUAAUGGUUUGCUUGCCAAUAGAUAGGUAACAGCCAAAAGCAGACAAACUACCACCAUGGUCUAAGGCUCAAUAUUUUGGGAAAACUUCUUGUUAAAGUUAACGCCUCUCGUCAGAAAAUUCGUUUUGAAUCAUCGCCCCAUUACAAGGAGUGUGGUUCGACUUGAGCUGGAAUGAUUGUUACCAGUAACUACUGAAUAUGUACUGAGCGAUACAUCGUUGAUGGGGAAGUAGUUUUGACAUAGCGCAAAAGAGCAGACGAAGCUUUCUUCAGAAAAAUUCAGUAUAUCCCGUCAUACCAUCUUCACCUUACAAACACGAAAUUACCCAUUUCUUGGUAAUAACCAUGCCUAUCAACCGUAUCUGAUCAUGUUAACUUCAGAAAGCAACGAAGGCUCAAAAACAACUCCACACAUGUCAAUCCCCCAACACAGUACUUUCAAACGAUCCACUGUUUCUCUUACUCUUCAAACUGAAAAGCUGUAAAUUUUAUUGUAGAUAAAUCAAUAAAUCGUUUUCACAGUCUCCUAUUUGAUAAUAAUUUUAAGCAUUUAUUUCGAAUUUUUUUAUUUAUUUUUGACUUAGCUACAAAGCUAUUUACGCUAUGAAGCUGAAUCAAAACGCUCUCGAAUUUUAGACACUAGUUCAGUGCCUUCGUUUUCGUCACAUUUCUCAUAAGUCAAGUUCCUAAAAACAUCGACACCAAGAUUAUGCCUAAACUACCAAAUUAUAUCAAGAAAAGAUGUCCUUUUUUUUUUAAAAAAAAACUGCAGCACUCGGCAAUAUCGCCAGGUCCGAAAAAUUUCAUUGCCUCCUGUGUAUGUCCAUACAUACUUUGAAACUAAUCAUUAUCAUGUAAAUUUCCAUAAUACAAAUAGAUAAUAUGAGACCAACUGACCACUUUCUAUCUCCGAAUUAUCUAUGACUUUUUGAAUCUGGUUUUGAAAAUAUUAUUUUGAUAUUUAAAUUAAUAAAAACUUGUUUUUCCUACUCGUUUUUUCAGGAAC